AUGAUUGGCGCUCCGAGGGGGGCUUCAUAUGCGGUCCCGUCAACGCCCCGGGAAGAAGCGUCGACCGCCACGACGCCGGCCAGUGUUCGAUGCAAUAGCGCAAAUCUGCAACCACGUGUGGUUGUACGGGACACCGAGGGCCGCGCUCGACACUACGCUGCCACACCAAAACGAGAGGCAAGCCACGAUAAGCCUGCAGGCGAUGAUCCUCACUGGGAUUCCCGACCAGGCCUGCCUAAUUCCCGUGCCUGUCAGAGGGGUCGAACGCGCACACCACUGUCGAAACAGAGUGGCAAUGUUUCGACAACCUCAUACUACGCGCUGGAAACGUGUGUCAGAGCCGUGCCAGAGUCGCUGAGCGCCGUUGACCCUCCCUCAUGGUCCACCGCCCCAUUCAGUGCGUGGUUCUGGAGAGCUACCAUGGCGAUCUAUGUUUCGCCCAAUCGAGCGUGGCUUGGGCGGCCUCGAUGGGACGACCCCCACACUGCACAUGAGACGGCGACGCCAUGGGUCUGUUCACACCUGGGACAGUACCCCGGUUCUGCCCUGAGGCUACAUCCUGGUCGCAUGUCGUGCCCCGUAACCCCCCCAUAG